CGAACGUGACGUAGGAGGAAGGAGACGCCAUUAGAGGGAGGCGGAGAAGGAGCUCUCUCCACCUUACCUCGGGUGCCUGACGUGGUGGCUGGGCCCCUACGUUCUCGGACUUCCCCUUGGCCCCUCCAGGUCGCACCCCGAGGCGGGAGUGGAGACGGCGCCCAGGGUGGGCGGGCCGGUGCCGAGGGGCCUGCGUCUGCCGCGGCUGUGAAGGCUUUGCGGCGGCGUUUGGGGAGCUCGACGCGGCUCCGGGCUUGGACGGCCGGCGAGCGGGAUGGCUGCGACCGGCGGCGGCGGGGCGGCAGCGGGCCGAGCGUACUCGUUCAAGGUGGUGCUGCUGGGGGAAGGCUGCGUGGGAAAGACGUCGCUCGUGCUGCGCUACUGCGAGAACAAGUUUAACGACAAGCACAUCACCACUCUGCAGGCAUCAUUCUUAACAAAGAAGUUAAAUAUUGGUGGGAAGAGAGUAAACCUUGCUAUAUGGGAUACAGCAGGCCAAGAGAGAUUCCAUGCAUUGGGUCCAAUUUACUACAGAGAUUCAAAUGGAGCUAUUUUAGUUUAUGAUAUAACAGAUGAAGACUCUUUUCAGAAGGUAAAAAACUGGGUCAAAGAAUUACGGAAAAUGUUGGGAAAUGAAAUCUGUUUGUGUAUCGUUGGUAAUAAAAUAGAUUUGGAAAAGGAGAGACACGUUUCCAUUCAAGAAGCAGAAUCGUAUGCAGAUUCUGUGGGAGCAAAACACUAUCAUACUUCAGCCAAACAGAACAAAGGAAUUGAGGAACUCUUCCUUGACCUUUGUAAAAGGAUGAUAGAAACAGCACAAGUGGAUGAGAGGGCAAAAGGUAAUGGCUCCAGUCAACCAGGAGCUGCAAGGCGAGGCGUACAGAUUAUCGAUGAUGAACCUCAAGCCCAGGCUGGUGGCGGAGGGUGCUGUUCUUCUGGAUAACUGUUCACAUCUAAGAAAUUUAAAAUAUCAGACUGUGGAUCAUUGCCCUCAACAUGAAGACUGCCAUAUUCUAAGUCACAUUAUUUUACCAAUGGAAUUAUAGAAUUAACAGUAUUUUAAAUUAAUGUUUAUAACACUGAAGAGACCUUAAGUGCUAAACUUAGUGGAAUUUGUGACCAGAGAAUUGGCAUUUUCUACAAAUGUUAACAAAGCAAUUACCAAUGGCCUUUUUACAUAUUUUUUUCUUUAAUAAGGAAUAAUAUGCAUGUAGAAAAGUCCUACUUAAAGGCUUCAUUUAUAUUCUUUUAAAUCAGAUCUUUAUUUAAUAACUUAUAUAUGUUGUUGGAAUGGUAUACAUUUUGCAGCCCUUUGUAUUUUGUGGUAGUUUGAAUUGUAUCACUUCUAAACAGCAAGUGGUGUUUUUCUUUUAAUUAGCAGAUACCUGAAGGACUAUUUUUGCAGGGUUUGCACAGGCCCCUAACUGUCUACUACUUUGAUAUAAUCUAUAUACAUCCUGUAUGCUGAGCUAGUAAUAUACAUUGUAAAUGACAUAUUAAAUAUUUUAUCUGCUUUUACAAGCGCAAGGUGCAAAAAUAUAUACGGUAGUCUCAUUGAUGACUAAAAUGAAUUAACAUUUGAUGAUAAUGCCUACGCUUUUUGACUCUCAUAUAAAAAUCAUAGUUCUCCUUCACUUUUGUCUUAACUUGAAAGUGGCGUGUUUAAAUUUUCAUAUACAGUGUACUUGAAUUAUUGCUGUUGUCACAUUUUUUGCCUCUAAGUCCAUCAGAUGAUUGAACAACAGCAUUUGCCUUUUGGUUUGGGUUUUUUGUUUUGUUUUUUUGGUUUUUUUGUUUGUUUGAUUAAAGAGAUGACUUCUGCCAAUUUUCCUUUUGAAUGGUUACCUUAGACAUAUUUGGAGCAUAUUGAGUUUCACUUUUGCAAUGGCUUUAGUUUUCUCUUAAGCUUUAUGUGAGAUGGGUUCACUGGUGUGAGGAGAGGAAAAGGUCCCAGACAGUUGCCACUCACCAAGACUUCAUUCAUACAGCACAUUAGUGGUAGUGUAUGCUCCUAAGGCAGCACUUUUAGAUCCUUUUUUGAGAAAAUUGUAAUUGUUCAUUGCUUACCAGAGAUGAACAUAGAAAGUUUGUUUCAUUUUAUAAGAGCUGUCCUUCUGAGUUUUUAUGAAGGGAAACAUUUCGUGUAAUGUAAACACUGGAAAGAUUUAUUAUAAAAUUAUAUUCUUAUAUACUUUGUAAAUUAGUCUCUCAUUAGUUUUUUUUUUCUUAAGCAUAGGAUUGAACUUAAAUUUGUUAAUUUAAAUAGAAUCAGGCACUGCCCAUGGAACAAAAAUUGUGGAAAUUAACAUAAUUGUUCUUGUCCUAAUAUAUAUAUUUUUUCAUUUCUGUCAUUCUUGGAAAACUAGUAAAUGUUAAGUCUAAGAUAAAGUGGAAUGGUCCUGGAUUUACUUCUUAAAAGAAGCAGUAGUAUGCAAUAAAAGUUGUUAGCAUGAACAAUUAAGAGGUUAUAAAGAGGUUAUAGCUACUGAAGAAGUACUACUAUAUAUUUAAGUUAAUAGCUUAAAUUUUCCCAAAUGGGUGAAAGUUGAAUGAAUUGACAACUUGAUGUUACAAUGUUAGAAUUUUAACUCAGUGUUAAGUGUUCUUUGAGCCUCCUUCAAUUUUUAUCCUUGCCAGAGAACACACUGACCUCUCUGUUGUGUGUGUUUGGGAGGGUGGGGUGGGAAAAGUUGGAGGUAAGCUAAAAUUGUCUUCCUUUGUCAGAGGACUACUAUACUCUUGUCUCUGGGUUUCCUGUGAAGUUUGUGUUUAUGCAGCAGGUGCGGGGAGGCAGGGAAGAUCAUAAGGACAGAUACAGGAAAAAUUGUUUGGCUCUUCUGGGUCUUUCAGAGGUAAUUAAGCCUUACCAUUUUUACUGCUGUGGAUGUAGAUGGGAAACAGGCUCUUCUCCACUAGAAUGAUAAAUAUCUUUUAAACUAAUUAGCGAUUAAAUUGAGCUUUAUUCCAAAAAAACAAACUGAUAAAGCCUGAUAAUUGGAGAGUUGUACUCUUGAAUUUUGACCCUGUAUUCAUGAUACAAAGUCAAGAUAGGAACCUCUUUUCGGAGUUUCCAGAUAAUUACUCAUGGAAGUAUUUCUCUUAACCUCAAGCAUUUCAUUCUUCUUUUUUUAACCAUUAAUUUAAGCUAAUUUCAAAAGAACCAAUAGGUAAUAUGAUAUACCUGCCCUUGCUCUCAUGUCCAAAAAAGGUCUUCAGGCAGCAACAGGGUGGGUAACGAAAGAGGACCAAUCAGCUGCAGUGUGUCUACAAAGGAAAGGCAAAGAAAUGAUAAAACAAGACUGAGGAAAUUUUUCUAACUUUCUUCAUCCCCUUAAUUCACAUUUUGUGUUCCUGUCCUUAUAAUUGUGCUAAUAGGAAGAAGACACUUGUUAUUGUGUUGUGUAUUAGAAGUGGUAGGUAGGUAGAACCAAUAUAUUUUUCGACUAGUAAGUGUAUACACUUAGUAGAUAUAGUUAAAAAUUGGUUUAAGAUCGUUAUUUAAGAAAUCUGAAUAUUAUGUUGAAAGUAUACAAUCAUUGUUUCUGUAAUGGUGAUGGGUGUUCUUGUUUUGCUUUGUGACCAUCGAGGAAAACUGUGGUUUUUAAAAAUGUACAUUGCACCAAUUUUGGGGUAAACAAUAAUCUCAAAAGAAAAAGCAUCACGUUGUAUGAAA